UGCACUCGCGCAAGUGCUCUGUGCUCGGAACAACAUUCUUUUGUUGUUUAAUACAUUUUUUUCUCUCUCAAAAAGAGAUGAUUAUCAAGCAAAGAAACUAACAGCAUACAACAGUGAAGAAGAGAAAAUGAGGGACCUUCGAUCACCGUCUAAAUUGGGCGUGACGCCGGUGGAAGAUGAAGCGGACGUAGUUCGAGCCACCGGCGGUAGCGUUGGUGGACUCAGGAAGAAAGGAGCAGGUGUCAAAACCUGGCUCCUCCUUGAUGUCACCGGCCAAGCUCAGCUGGUAGAAGCAGGAAAGCACACCAUCAUGCGUCGGACGGGCCUCCCCGCCCGUGAUCUCCGUAUUCUCGAUCCUCUCCUCUCUUAUCCGUCGACGGUCCUCGGCCGAGAGAAAGCGAUCGUAAUCAAUUUGGAACACAUCAAGGCCAUUAUCACUGCCCAAGAGGUUCUCCUCCUCAAUUCGAGAGAUCCCUCCGUCACGCCCUUCGUCGAGGAGCUACAGCGACGUCUCUUGCGUCUCCACCACGCCACCAAAAGCCAGGAAGGUAGGGUCAGCGGCCAUAAUGGAGAUUGGGCGGGUUUGUAUGAUACAGAGGAGCUGCGGUCAAGGACAAUAAGCCCUCCGAAUUAUUCAGGAGGAUUUCUACAGUUUCAUGAGGCUGGUGAGGAAGGUAAGGUGGACGCCAGACAGGGUCUCGGGAACAGAGACGGGCCGAGGGUCCUUCCUUUUGAGUUCAUUGCAUUGGAAGCAUGCCUGGAAGCUGCUUGCAGUUGUUUAGAUAGUGAAGCAAGGACAUUGGAGCAAGAAGCGCACCCCGCCUUAGAUAAGCUGACUUCGAAGAUUAGCACUCUCAACUUGGAACGUGUCCGUCAAAUUAAAAGCCGCUUGGUUGCAAUAACUGGGCGAGUGCAAAAGGUAAGAGAUGAACUGGAACACUUGCUGGAUGAUGAUGAAGAUAUGGCCGAGAUGUAUCUGACUGACAAGAUGAUGCAACAACGUCUUGAUGGGUCAUCCUCUUCUGUUUCUUCCCUAAAUGAGGGAAAUGGCAUGGAUGAUGGAGUUCUUCAAUCAGAAAUGGAUGAGAGGAUUCCUGCUGAGAUUUCACCUGAGGCAAAUGAGGUUCUCCAUAGUUAUGAAGGUGAUGUUCAUAACACAGAUACCAGGGACCAUUUAUUUAGCAUCUCUAAUGCACUUAGCAGAGAUAGUCAUGGAACUCAUACUAGUACAACACAUAGUGCCAUCAGCAAACACCUUGAUGUGGAGGAACUUGAGAUGCUCUUGGAGGCAUACUUUGUGCAGAUUGAUGGUACACUGAACAAGCUGUCAACACUGAGGGAAUAUGUGGAUGACACGGAAGACUACAUCAAUAUCAUGCUGGAUGACAAACAGAACCAUCUCCUGCAAAUGGGCGUUAUGUUGACAACAGCAACCCUCGUGGUGAGUGCCUUUGUUGUUGUAGCUGGUAUAUUUGGCAUGAACAUCAACAUUGAGUUGUUCGACGAGACAAAGGCUGGGAUGCCAGAAUUUUUGUGGACUGUUGGUGGUGGUGCUACGGGAAGCAUCUUUUUGUACGUAAUUGCUAUUGCUUGGUGCAAACACAAGCGCUUACUAGAGUAAGUAUAUGAUGAUGGUAUGAAGUAUGAACCAACUGUUUACAGUGAACCUGUAAUGUUGUAUUGUAAUAAUUGGUUAGCUUGGUAUUUUCUGUGGUUGACCGUUUCUGUGUCCAUCAGUUUACACUGUUGAUGGUUUUCUAUUUUUCGUCUUGGCUUUUCUUGUACUUACCUGCUUGUUUUUUCGGUGCUUGGCAAAGAAAUGCUGACCA